UAUAUUUUGGAGAAGCGGUAUAAAGCCAAUCUUAUCUUCACCGAUAAAAUACACAUACAUACACAAAUACUUACUCUCUUAGGUUUUUUUGUCUAUCUCUCAGACACGCAAAUCCAAUGGAAGAUCUAAAACCAACACCUCCAAACUCAUCUCCUUUAACACCAAUUGGCUUCCUUGAAAGAGCAGCGACAGUCUAUGGAGAUUGCCCUUCUAUCGUCUACAACACCACCACCUACACCUGGUCUCAGACCCACCUCAGAUGCCUCCGCGUGGCAUCCUCCAUUCAAUCACUCGGCAUCAAGAAGGGCCACGUGGUCUCCGUCCUCGCCCCCAACAUCCCCGCCAUGUACGAGCUCCACUUCGCUGCUCUCAUGUCCGGUGCUAUCCUCAACAACAUCAACCUCCGUCUCGACCCACGUACGGUCUCCAUACUCCUGCGUCACAGCGAAUCCAAGCUCGUCUUCGUGGACCAGCUCUCUCAGUCUCUUAUCCACGAAGCCCUCUCUUUGUUCCCACCUGGAAUUCCAAUCCCACGUCUCAUCCUUAUAGCCGAUGAUACUGAUGAGGCUUCGUCUUCACCAUCAUCAUCUUCAUCACCAGCCGUUGAAUUUGUUUGUAGUUACGAGGACUUGGUGGAGAGGGGGGAUCCUGGGUUUGAGUGGAUCCGACCCACGAGCGAGUGGGAUCCUGCAAUACUGAAUUACACGUCUGGGACGACUUCUUCUCCAAAAGGUGUGGUCCACUGUCAGAGAGGGCUUUUCCUCAUCACCGUUGAUUCUCUGAUUGAUUGGGCUGUACCGAAACAGCCCGUAUAUCUAUGGACCUUACCGAUGUUCCACGCAAACGGCUGGAGUUUCCCGUGGGGUAUGGCAGCUGUUGGGGGGACCAACAUUUGUCUCCGCAAAUUUGAUGCGACAAUUAUCUACCGUCUUAUCAGGGCCCACAAUGUGACCCACAUGUGCGGUGCACCUGUGGUGCUCAACAUGCUAUCCAAUUCCCCGGACAACGAACCUCUUAAAAACCCCGUUAACAUCCUCACCGCCGGAGCUCCACCACCGGCAGCGGUGCUCCACCGUACGGAAUCUCUGGGUUUCGUGGUGAGCCACGGCUACGGGCUGACCGAAACGGCGGGGCUGGUCGUGUCGUGCGCAUGGAAACGGGAGUGGAACCGAUUGCCAGCGUCGGAGAGAGCGAGGUUGAAGGCGAGGCAAGGGGUGAGGCUAGCGGGUAUGACCCGGAUCGACGUGUUGGAUCCGAACACGGGUAAGAGCGUGAAGCGGGACGGGUCGACGUUGGGUGAGAUUGUACUGAGAGGAGGGUGUGUGAUGCUGGGUUACCUGAAAGAUCCCGCCGGAACGGCGAAGUGCAUGAAGGACGGCUGGUUUUUCACCGGAGAUGUGGCGGUGAUGCAUCCGGACGGGUAUUUGGAGAUAAAAGACCGAUCGAAGGACGUGAUCAUCAGCGGAGGAGAGAAUCUGAGCAGCGUGGAAGUUGAAUCGGUGCUGUAUAUGCACCCGGCGAUUAACGAAGCAGCGGUGGUGGCUCGGCCGGACGAUUUCUGGGGAGAGACGCCGUGUGCGUUCGUGAGCUUGAAGGAAAGGAUCCGAGGAAACAAACCCAGUGAGAAAGAGAUAAUGGAAUUUUGCAGAGAGAAAUUGCCGCACUAUAUGGUGCCCAAAACGGUGGUGUUUAAGGAGGAGCUUCCGAAGACCUCCACAGGAAAGAUCCAGAAGUUUAUUCUCAGAGAAACCGCAAAAUCCAUGGGCUCCGCCGGAACCAGACGGAGUCGGAUAUAGGAUUAGGAUAUUGGUUCAGUUCAGUGAGUCAUACUGGCGGUUGAGUUCACUCCGGGUUCAACUCGUCUUUGACUCGGUCUUCCAAUUGAGUUGGAUAAUUUCAAAGCAUAAAAAUGUUCUAGAAAAUGUUGGAAAUGCUCGGCCGGCGCACAUAAAUUUGAAUUUUCAUUUCCAAAUUUGUAAUUUUAUAUCUUAUUUUUCGAAUAAAUGAAAGGGUGACUGGCCACAAAUGGAUUUUCGUGCGUGGAUAUCCUUAUUAUUUAUUUCCUUUCAAAGAUUGUGUAAUAAAUUAUUUCCUUAUA